AAUUUGCUUUGUGCUACAUCUUCAAGACUUACUGUUAAAUUUUAGGUUAAAUUUUAAUAUUACAGAGAGAGCAGUAGAUGUGGACCAUGGCUGAUGGAGAUUGUUACAGUUGAUCUUCCUCAAUGGCAUGGACCCGGUUUUGUCUCCCACCACCUUUUAUUUUCUCUUUGUUUUGAAUCUUUCUGUCACCUGGGUUUCAUCUGUUGCAGCUUUUUUUUUUCUUUUCUCUCUGUAAGUAAUAAGUAUUUCCAUGGCGGGUUCGCUUCCGGGGGUUGAAUGUGCAAGAAGAAGAAGGUUUCAUCAGAGUGGAGGUUGUUCUGAUUCUCCAAGCAUGGCUGCCCAUGGCUGUUCGAGAAGAUCUUCCUUUUGUUUGUAUACAAGCAGCCAUGAUCAGACUCAUCACCAUGCUUCUUCUACGAUCUCUUCCCCGCAAAGAAGUAUAAUGAGUCAAGCAUCUGAGGAUGAGAAGCUAGGAGGAGCAGCUAGAGAAGCAAGAGAAAGACUAGAUGAGAGAUUCAAAACUAAAAGGAAAUUAGAAACCAAAAGGCAAUUGAGUGGUGGGAGGGAGAGCUUGAGGAGAGUAAAUGGGAGGCCAGCAGGGUCAGGAGAGUUGCAUACAGAAGUGUUUGGGCCAUCAAAGAGCUGCAGCAGUAGAAGUGGUUCAAGGAGGUUCAGUUGGUCAAAGUUAACCUGGAAGGCUUCUGAGCAAGACGACUGUGCAAUUUGUUUGGAAAGGUUCAAGCCGGGUGAGAGCUUGGUUCAUCUUCCAUGUGCUCAUAGAUUCCAUGGAAGGUGCCUGGUUCCAUGGCUAGAAGCCAAUGCUCAUUGCCCUUGUUGCAGAAUGAAAAUCUUGCCACCACCAUCACCAUCACCAUCACCAUUACCACCAUCAUUACCACCACCAUUACCACCACCAAAUUCAAUCAUUAAUUAAUCUUCUUCACCAUUUUUUUUCCUUUGUAGUUUCUUAAUUAGUAGAUGCCAAGGAAUUUGGAAGAAGAGUCUCAAUUUGUUCUCUUGUUACAGAGUUUGUAUGCAAAUAUUUGUAAUCAAUGCUUUGCUUCCAAUUAUAUAAUGCACUAUCUUAAUAAUGUAAA